AUGGAGGGUAGUGAAAACAUCUUUCUUGUGAUUUUAUACAAUUCUAUUGCAACUGUAUAUUCAACUUGUCCAAGUAGCAAUAAGAAUUGCUGUCUCCCUGGUUUCUACUGGAAUAAAGAUUUAAAUAUAUGUACAGGUUGUAAAAUAGGUUUUUUCGGCCAAAAUUGUGCUAGUCCCUGCAGAUAUCCAAACUAUGGGGAAAGAUGCCAAGAAAAAUGCAACUGUACCCAGAACUUUUGUGACACAACAAAGGGAUGUCGAAAUAGUUCAGAUUGUAAUUUCGGAUAUUAUGGCAGGACAUGUUUAGAUCCCUGCAGGUUUCCUAACUAUGGAGAAAGAUGUCAAUCUUGGUGUAACUGUACCGAGACAGCUUGUAAUCAUAUUACUGGAUGUCAAUUAGGCACAGGUCAAUUCAGUGAUUCAGAAUCUAGUGGAGGUAAAGAUUUAUCGAGUCCAAAGGGCGAGGAGAGCAUAGUUUUUCGAUUAUUUGAAAAUCACUGA